AUGGUGAAGUGUGCAAAGUUUGCCGUACAAGGGGCCGCCUCUAAACUCUUCCCUUGCCGUAGUAUUGACGAUAGACGCCUGGUCUGUCGAUGUGGUACAGCCCGGUGUUAUCUCUGUUGGGCACCAAGGGCAGGGAACAUCAUCACUGGGCUCAAGGCUCUCAAGCUGCCAAUGCAAGUCCGGGAGGAGCUCGAUGCCAUUCUAGCCGAGGAGUUGCUGCCCUUCGACCGAGAGUCAUUUGACGGGGUCAUGGGUCUGGCCAGGAGGGGACAGAAGUUGUGUCGGGUCCUCGGUACACUCGAUGAGAUCUUCGGCUCGGCCUCUGAAGAUGCGCCUGUUGACGUCGACGUCUGCCGACUAAGAAGGCUUCUGCGUGUCAUCGAGCAGCGCCAGCAUGGCGGAGGUCCUGAGGCCCGGGAACACCUCUUGCGCCUUGUCAAGGCCUUUUGCCGUGAGGCUGAGAGGAAAGCCGAGGAUGCCUUGAGGCGUCGUACUGUCGACUUGGGGGGAGAAUGGGUACUCCUUCCCGAGAGGCCCGAUACCCAGGACAGCUCUUUUGAUGCAUUGGACGAGUACGUCUGCAGUGCGGCUGAACCCAUCAGCCGGUUGUUGGUCCCGAUAGAGGAUACGCUGGACAACUCGGCAACUGCCGUGACUCGCGCU